CCUCCACUUUCAGCGACAAACGAGCACUUAUACAUACGCGACUAUUCUGCCGCUAUACAUAACCACUCAACUCGCUUAAGAGUCAGUAAACAUGGGCAAGGAGGCCCCCGCUAUCGGUAUUGACCUGGGCACCACGUACAGCUGCGUGGGUGUCUGGCAGAAUGACCGCGUGGAGAUUAUUGCCAACGAUCAGGGCAACCGCACCACUCCCUCGUACGUGGCCUUCACGGACACUGAGCGUCUGAUUGGUGAUGCCGCCAAGAACCAGGUCGCUAUGAACCCGCGCCACACGGUGUUCGACGCCAAGCGCCUGAUUGGCCGCAAGUUCUCGGACCCCAUUGUCCAGGCGGACAUUAAGCUGUGGCCUUUCCAGGUUCGCGCCGGCGCGCACGAUGUGCCCGAGAUCGUUGUCUCCUACAAGAACGAGGAGAAGGUCUUCAAGGCUGAGGAGAUCUCCUCGAUGGUGCUUAUCAAGAUGAAGGAGACCGCUCAGGCUUUCCUGGGCGCUGACCGCGAGGUCAAGAAGGCCGUGGUGACCGUGCCCGCCUACUUCAACGACUCCCAGCGCCAGGCCACCAAGGAUGCCGGUAUGAUUGCCGGCCUGGAGGUGCUGCGCAUCAUCAACGAGCCCACCGCCGCCGCCAUUGCCUACGGCCUGGACAAGAAGGACAGCGGCCUGGGCGAGCGCAACGUGCUCAUCUUCGACCUGGGCGGCGGCACCUUCGAUGUGUCGCUGCUGACCAUUGAGGAGGGCAUCUUCGAGGUCAAGGCCACUGCCGGUGACACCCAUCUGGGCGGUGAGGACUUCGACGAGCGCCUGGUCAACCACUUCGCCAACGAGUUCCAGCGCAAGUACAAGAAGGACCUGAAGACCUCGCCCCGUGCUCUGCGCCGCCUGCGCACCGCCUGCGAGCGCGCUAAGCGCACGCUGUCUAGCGCCGCGCAGACCACCAUCGAGCUGGACUCCCUGUUCGAGGGCGUGGACUUCGCCACCUCCAUCACCCGCGCCCGCUUUGAGGAGCUGUGCAUGGACCUGUUCCGCAAGUGCAUGGACCCCGUGGAGAAGUGCCUGCGCGACGCCAAGAUGGACAAGAUGACUGUGCACGACGUGGUGCUGGUGGGCGGCUCCACCCGUAUCCCCAAGGUGCAGCAGCUGCUGCAGGACUUCUUCAACGGCAAGGAGCUGAACAAGUCGAUCAACCCCGACGAGGCCGUGGCCUACGGCGCCGCCGUGCAGGCCGCCAUUCUGACCGGCGAGGGCGGCGAGAAGGUGCAGGACCUGCUGCUGCUGGACGUGACGCCCCUGUCGCUGGGUCUGGAGACCGCCGGCGGCGUCAUGACCGUGCUCAUCCCCCGCAACACCACCAUCCCCACCAAGAAGGAGCAGGUGUUCUCGACCUACUCCGACAACCAGCCCGGCGUGCUGAUCCAGGUCUACGAGGGCGAGCGCGCGCGCACCAAGGACAACAACCUGCUGGGCAAGUUCGAGCUGACCGGCAUCCCGCCGGCGCCUCGCGGUGUGCCCCAGAUCAACGUGAUCUUCGACAUUGACGCCAACGGUAUCCUGAACGUGUCUGCCGAGGACAAGACCACCGGCAACAAGAACAAGAUCACGAUCACCAACGACAAGGGCCGCCUGUCCAAGGACGAGAUCGAGCGCAUGGUGCAGGAGGCGGAGAAGUACAAGGCUGACGACGAGCAGCUGAAGAAGAAGGUGGAGGCCAAGAACUCGCUGGAGAACUACGCCUACAACAUGCGCAACACCAUCCGCGAGGACAAGGUGGCCAGCCAGCUGUCCGCCUCGGACAAGGAGUCGAUGGAGAAGGCGCUGACCGCCGCCAUGGACUGGCUGGAGGCCAACCAGAUGGCCGAGGUGGAGGAGUUCGAGCACCACCUCAAGGAGCUGGAGGGCGUGUGCAACCCCAUCAUCACCCGCCUCUACCAGGGCGGCGCCGGCGCGGGCGGCAUGCCCGGCGGCGCGCCCGGCGCCGGCGCUGCCCCCUCGGGCGGCUCGGGUGCCGGCCCCAAGAUCGAGGAGGUCGACUAAUCGGCUUCGCCCCAGACUGAGGAGUGCGGGAGGCGCCGGCGGGUUUGACGGCUGGCGCCGUGGACUGGGUGUGUGGGUGCGCCGGUUGGGCGGCUGUGGCGCGGCCUAGGGCCCGGACGUGGGCCGGGCGCUGUAUUGAUGUGUGGGAACGGCAGACGCCGCUGUGCGUUGUGUGUGAAUACGUACCUAUAUGCCCGGCGGCGCUGUAGCACUGAUGCUGUGUUUCGCGCGUGUCUUGUGCUCCUUGUGUUUAACAACCUGGUUGGAUUGGGACACCCGCACGGUCUACAUACUCAGAGCAGGACUGAGCUGAUUGGUCGGUCGGCCGGCGAUUGAUUUUGCCAACAUGCGCUGAAGUGCAGCGUUGAGUUCGGACUACGUGGGAUUUGUGGUUGUUAGCUAGAUAGGCCCCGGGCUGCUAUCUGUUGCGUAGCGGCCCGUGGGAGCGAACGCGACUGAGGCUGUGGCUGCACGCAUCCGGGCUGUUGAAUGGCUAGGGUCGUGCGCGGAAGGCCGUUGCUGAGCCAUGCCAAGUAGAGUAGGAUGACGAUGAUGUUAUAAGAAACCGAGAUGGCACCUAGCUCCAACUGAGUUGGGUGCGGCCUUAGGGGAGAGGCGUGCAGGCAGGUGCAAGUUCCAAAGCAUGAGAGUGGUGAGUGAGAGGCGGGAGUGGUGGAUGGAAGUGCAUGGAGGGGGUCUCGACAGAACUCAACGGCCCGUCACGGACAAUUCGAAGGGCGGAGCCGGGAUCAGAGUCAACACGGACGCUGCCCCACAUUGGGUGGUGUGUAAAAGCAGAAGAUU